AGUCCAGUCCAAUCCUGCGCACCAAACAAGCCAAAGAAACAAAAAAAAACCCUAAGCAACCCUAAAGUCUCUCACGCACACACAUCUCAUUGACAUCCGUCUCUCUUGUAUGAGCCAAAAACACAAAACUUUCAUUUCUUUUUUCAUCUGAACUCUAAGAACCUCUCUCGUCUGAGGUCUCAGCCACGACCGAGUGAUCCCUCCGUUCUCUCGCCUGAGGUCUGAGCUAAAGCCACAAUCGAACUCUCUUCUUGGCCUACCUUAUACGACCGACGACGGCACACAAUCGGUGAUGAAACACACGAUCAACCUAAAAUCAAACAAGUUCGUUGCUCCGAACUGUCGUACACGACCUUGCAUUCGUUAGAGGUAAGGGAGAAAAAUGGCGGAAGAGGAGGCAAAGGCUUUAUCCUACAUACCAGAAACAAUAUUGAAGAAGAGGAAAACCAAUGAAGAAGUAGCCCUUAGGAGGAAAGCCCAAUUGGAGCUCAGGAAACACGCUAGUAAGAAAGAUAAGAAGGAGUAUAUCAAAAAGCCCGAGGAAUUUGUCAAAGAGUUUCGCUACAGGGAGGUGGACCUUGUCAGGAUGAGACACAGGUUAAAGAAAAAGAGGCCAGAGUUGGCGACUCCAAAGUCGAAGCUCCUUUUCAUCAUCCGCAUACAAGGAACAAAUGACAUGCAUCCAGCAGUUAGGAAGACCCUUUACAACCUGAGGUUGAGGAAAGUGUUCGGUGCUGUCUUUGUGAAAGUGAAUGCUUCAGUAAUUGAAAAAUUACAAAGGGUGGAACCCUAUGUUACUUAUGGGUAUCCUAACCUCAAGAAUGUGAAGGAACUGAUUCACAAGAAAGGCUUUGGAAACGUAGCCAAGCAGAGGGUACCUCUUACGGAUAACAAUGUUAUUGAGCAGGCACUUGGGCAACAUGGAAUUCUUUGCAUAGAAGAUCUUGUGCAUGAAAUUGCUAAUGUUGGUCCUCAUUUUAAGGAGGUUGCUCAUUUUCUAUACCCCUUUAUGCUCAACAAGCCACAAGGGGGUUUAAAAGGGAUAAAGAAAGUCUACAAGGACGGAGGAGAAUCUGGCAAUCGUGAGGAUCACAUCAAUGAGCUAAUAGACAAGAUGAAUUAGAAUGCAGAGAACAUUAUGGAAAUAUUUUUGUACCUUUCGGCUAGAUGGUCUAUUUUAUUUUCUUUUUUAUGCUAAGAAUGUCACUAGUAUUGUAAUUUUCCUUGAAACUAUUUAAAGUAGUAAAAUCGUGGUGUUACUCGUA